UGAAGGAUGGCAGAUUACACAGUAGCAUGACUCUUCGAGUGAUUUCUAUAAUGAAUCUUUGGGUCGAAAGGGAGAUAUUGGAGAAAAAGCAAUUUAUUUAUUGCCUCAGGAUGUCGUCACACGUUAACUUACCCCGAGGGACGCUAUAUCCUACAAAAGUCAGACUCAAGCUUAUGGGCAUUCAAAAGAGUAGAAAGGAGGAAGAAGAAUCUCAAGACUUGUUACGAUUUGAAACUCAAGAUCUUGAUGACCAAGUCUUGCGCGCCCAUAUAAAAAAUGGAUACAUAUAUUUACAAAUGUCAAAGCAUGGUGUUGCUCCAUUCAGAGUAAGAUGGAAAGGACCUCACCUUGUUGCGCAGCAGCUCAAUUGAUUUUGAAACUUUUGGUUCAUGAAAUAAUGUAUCAAAUUUUACGGUGAAGAUGGAGUAUUGGGGUAAGUUCUCAUCUCCUUGCUUUCCCUGUGAAAUGAAGAUGAGCUGCAGUUAAUAUUUAGUGUUUAAACCAAAUGGAUACUUUGUAUGCUUCAAUAUUCUAAUGCACUAACCAUGGUAUUGCUGGACCAAACCAUGUGAAGUUAUGAACAUUUGUUGCCAUGGGAUGUGUAGGAUUAUAUGCAUGCUCAUGAGUGUGGCUUGCUGCUGGACGUCAAUAUGUGUUAGAAGGCUUAUCAUCUUAAACAAGGGAGUCUAAAGUGAAAAUAGUCAAGUUUUUUGAAGAAGAUUGAACAUAAAACUAGGAGAUGCAUGAAGCUUUUCUCAGUAAUGCAUAUUAACCUUAGGAUAUAUUCUCUUUUUAUAAUUCUUUUCUGGCAUGCAGUGAGAAAUAGAGCAUCAACAUGUGAACUUGUGCAAAUAUAGGGCUCAUGGUAUUAAGAGGAUAUGUUAUUUUCUGAGAUGGGAGAUGGAACCUUUAUUCUUCCUUGUUUUUUAUCCAAAUCAAAUGUAAUUGUCAUUCAAAAUUGGGUUGUUAGAAACAUAAGUAUGGUAUCUAUCAAUUUCAGAGUAGUAUUUGUUAAGUUUCUAGACUAGCAACAUACUUGUGAACUUUCAAGGAUUGUACCUUUUCUAAGUGACAAGCUUCUGCCAUUUAGUGGUUUUUUAUUUAUAUAUAUAUAUAUAUAUUUUUUUUUUUGUUAAUAAAGAUACUUGACUAUAUGGAAUGUUUCUUCAUGGAGAAAAAAGGACUACGAACUAUGGUUUCAUAUAGCUGUGGCUUAUUCCUAGAUGCAUCUAAUUCCGAGUUAGCCAACUCAUCAGCCACUGUAUUUAUCUUCUGAAAAAUGUAUUUAACAAGUUAUUGAGAACUGGUCUUGGUUCUGUUAGUUCUUUUAAAACUCUUGAUGGCUUUCCAAAUUUUCUAGAUCACAAUGGCAGUAUCAAACUUUAUAAAACUGAUGGCUCAUCUGCAAUUACUCCUAUCUUACCACUUUAGAUAAUAUCAAUCCUCAAAGUUCUAUUUAGGCUUGUCAUUCCAUACGAGACUAUGUUAUUGUUGGUUAUGUGGCCUUUCAAGGCCUUAAAGCCAAUAGUCUUACGCUUAGUGCGAGUUAGAGAGAGACUGAAUCUGGAUGCUUGGCGCACUGGGGCCUAGAUUCAUAUACCCCGAGUAUUUGAGGCAUUGAGAGUAUACGUUUUGAGAGUGUGAACUCUCGGGGAGGUGUGAGGGUCACCUCCCAGUCAUGAGUAUAUUGAUUAGAAUGGCUCAUAGUUGAUGUGAUAAGCCACGGCUUUGAGAAUCCAAUCGAGAAUAAUAGAACACGAGUAUUUAAAAGAGUAUUCGCCCUGUAUGGAAUGGUCGGCUCAUAGGACAUGAGCCCAUAUACUGGCACGAGACCUUUCUAUGGCAUGUGCACCCCACAGUCGUUUGGAGAAGCCCCUCUUCUAUAGUAUUAUCCGACUUAGAAGAGCUAGUGCACAUGUGCUUUGAGAGGACCCCUGUAUUUGAAUAAGAACGUGCCCCACAGGGGUGCUCCAGUAAUCCAUUGAACCCCCGGUGAUGGGAAGCUCUGGCUCGGUGAAUUUGAUGUUAGCAAUUAUGUUUCCUUGCCAUAGACUAUGGAGCAUAGGUUCAUUGGGCCGGCUUGAGACACCGGUGGAACGUCAUUUGGGUUAGCCCAAUGGAAGACUCUGACUGGUGUUAUAAGUCAAGAGAUCUCAUUUACCUUUGGCUCAAAUUAAUCUAAAAUUGAUGAG